UUGACGUUCCUCAUGUUAGAGCGCGCGGAAGCGGAAGUUAUCGUAGUAAACUGUAGCAGCAGCGCGGCUCCUCGUGCAGGUUAUAAUACGGUGUGUAGUGCACGCGCAUCAUGGUGUUGUCUUCCUCACAGCAGCUCGUGCUGCUCUUCACCGCCGCGCUCUGCAUCUUCUCCGUCAUCCCGAGACUCUUUAACGGCGGCAGCGCGACAGAUAACAAGGCUCUAGAUCCACGCUUCCGGAAAGGCCCUCACCCUGGCCCCCCCCUCAGCCCUGCUCCCCCCCAGCAUGGCCCCCCUGAUAAUGUGCAGCAGGUUCAGCGGCUGAUGGAACAGGAACUGAGGAAGGAAAAAGCCAAAAUCAGCAGCAAUAAUAAGGGCUAUGUGUUCACACUAAUGCCGCUGUACGCCAUCGGAGUCGGACUGUUCGCCGCGUACAAGUUCCUCAAGAUAAAGUCUGCAGAUGACGCACACGCUCAGAAAGAGAGGACCGUCCGAGGACUCUGCAAAUCUGAGGAGACAGAGAAUCAGCUGAAUGAGCUAGAACAGCGUUUGGCUCAGACAGAGAAAAUGCUGAACUCCAUCCUCACUCAACUCGACCCUCUGACUAACUGUGUGAAGUCAGUGGCGAUGGAGCAGAAGAAUGAGAUCAUGACUCAGCUGCAGUGUAUCCGACACUUGAUGAAGAAACGGGGGAUGCAGUGUGCACCAACAGAGGCAUCAUGUGAGCGUAACCUUGACAACCUCAUCGAGUCACUGAGUGCCAUGGAAACCAGUUGCAAACCAGGUGGAGAGAGAGAGGACGGAGAGAAGAGCGACAGCAUGCCGCCUCUAGAGGAGGAAUAUGAGGGUGGAGUAGGCGGGGCUACAAAGCAUCACAAGAAGAUGAAGGAGAAGCAUGAUGAAAAUGUGGGCGUGGCUCCAGAGGAGUACGAUGAGGAUUUGUAUAAUGAGGAGCAGGGAGGGAACAUGGAUGAAGAAGAAGGCGUGGCUGAAAUGUGUCCAAACGAAUUGGGGGCGGGGCUUCGCAGACGCAACAGACAUGAUUAGAUUAUUAUAAUUAUUGAUUUAUUUAUUUAUUGAAAGUGAACAUGCUGUUUUUUUUUAUAUUGACACAAAGUGCUUUAAUGAAAGAAAUGGCUUUAUUAUGUAACGUGUGACACAGAAAGCUGCUCAAUAGAUAAAAUAUAACUUAUUUUACAUUGAAAAUGUGAUUCUGUUCAUUUAGGAACAGAAUAAUUUUAUUGCACUUUAUGAUUUUAUUUUAAAGGCUUUUGUUUCACUCUUGUUACCUAGCUCAAUCCCUAUGUAGCAUUAGCUUAUUAGCUAGCAUGUGGGUGUGGCUAUGAUGUGUAAUGUUAGAUGGUAUGUCUGGGCGUGGUCAGGUGUUAUGGCUUUGUAGUCCUGACAGAACAUAAGCUUCAUUUAUUUACUUUUUCUGUUGUGGUUUUUUAUUCAUAAUAUUUAUUUCCAAUGUGAUCAAACUUUUUUUUUUCAAAUUUUCACUUUUUUUAAAUUAAUGAAUGUAAAUGUAUGAUAUUUUUAGUGGAACUUGUUUUGAUAAUUAGUAGCAUGUGCAGUUCUGCAUGACUGAUUACUUUAAUAACAGAAAUUGCAUGCAAGUGAUGGACAAUCAUGAGAUAAUGAUUAGCAGACUUCACGCUACCUCAUCAGUCAUGUUUAGUUCAAUGCAUGCUAAAAAAAAACUGACAAAUUUAGCUUAGAAUUAUUUAAUAUAUUUGUGCGAAUUUAUGAUUUAUCCUUAAAUUCUCACCUGUGUGAACUUGUACAUUGCUGUGUUUCUGUUAUGUUAGCGCUCAUUUACUGCUGUUCUUUUGCCAUCAUUAAUGACAACACUAACAGAACAUUAGCACGAUUCAUGUUGUGAUGUUAAAACAUUUCAAUCUACUCUUUAAUUUUAUACCAGACUCUUCAUCAGGAUGUGGACACUAAAGCAACUGACCUGCACGAGUCUCUAACGUUAGCUAGCUCAAUAUAUAUAAAUAUAUAUAUUUGUUUUUAAUUUCCAGUGAACGUGUUCUGAUAAAUGAUUAGCAGUUUUACUUUAUUUUUACAUUAUUGUAAUAAAAAUAAUAAUCUGUAGGAAUGUGCUGUGAUUUCAGAUGGUUAUCGUCUGUGGAACACGACGUCUAGUUACAUGUUAACAUGCUAAUGCAGAACCGUACAUUUCCUCUGCAUCAUGCUUUUUUAAAUGUCUGUCUUUGAGUGUUUUUUCUUUACAGAGAUGCUUGAGGCCUUUAUAUAAAAUAAACUCAUUACAGAUGAAGAAACAGCUAAA